AGGACCAAGAAAAGAAGGAACCACAGUCGUGCCAAAAAGGGCCACGGCCACGUGCAGCCUAUUCCCUGCACCAACUGUGCCCACCGCGUGCCCACGGAUAAGGCCAUUAAGAAGUUCGUCAUUCGGCACGUCGUAGAGGCUGCAGCUGUCAGGGACAUUUCUGAAGCGAGUGUUUUCAACGCCUAUGUGCUUCCCAAGCUGUAUGUGAAACUACAUUGCUGCGUGAGUUGUGCCAUUCACAGCAAGGUUGUCAGGAAUCGCUCUCCGGAAGCCGGGAAGGACCGAACACCUCCAGCCCGAUUUAGACCUGCGGGUGCUGCCCCACGUCCUCGACUAAACCAU